AUGGCAAAGGUGCACCCCAACAUCGCCGUGCCAGUGUCACCGGCUGGAGCCGUCGUCGAGGAGGAGCAGCAGCAGCCCACCGUGCUGACUGUGUGGCGCAAGUCGCUGCUCUUCAACUGCGAGGGCUUCACCGUUUUCGACGCCACCGGCGGCCUCGCAUUCCGCGUCGACCGCUACGGCUCCUCCUCCUACGGUGGGCGCCGCCGCCGCCGCGCCGAGGACGUCGUGCUCAUGGACGCCGCGGGGAAGCCGCUACUCACCGUGAGGCGGAAGAUCAAGCUCAGCCUCAGCCUGGGAGAACACUGGGUGGUGUACGACGGUGACGCGAGCGACGCGGGUGCGAAGCCGCUCCUCUCCGUGCGGCGCCACCACGUCGGCCUGCACCGCCGCGCGUCCGACAAGACGCUCGCGCACAUCACGCCGCUGGGAUCCUCCUCCGAGGCGGCAGCGUACGUGGUAGAGGGUUCGUACGGGCGGCUGAGCUGCGCGGUGCGGGACGCGCGCGAGGGCGGCGCCGCUGCGCUGGCAGAGGUGCGGCGGAAGGAGUCGGUUGGUGACGACGUGUUCCGGCUGGUAGUGUCGGACCACCGCAUGGACUCGGCUCUGUCCAUGGGCAUCGUCAUCGCCCUUGACCAGAUGUUCGGCGGCGCCUCGUCGCGGACGUCGCUGCUGCCCAGGAGCUGGUCGGCGUAG